GAGAACUUAAAAAAAAAUCCUUUUGUCAGGGAUAACCAUGAUAAUGACUAGGGCUUUGCGAAAUCCCAGAAUUUAAUUCUUAGCGAGGCUUGAUUUAAAGAGGUGAAGCUUUCUCUUGCGUGCAGCGUAAGAAUAAUGCGAGGAAGAUGGAGGUGAGAGAGGGAGGGGAUGUAGAAGUGGCGAGUGAUGAAGAUGGUUUCAGAGGAGCAUGGUUCAGUGCGAAAGUGGUGAAGAAGGAGAAGGGGCAUGUGGUGGUCGAGUACAGGGAGCUCAGGAGCGACAAGGACGAGAGCAAGGCCCUGAGGGAGAAGGUGGCGCUGCGCCAUUUGAGGCCCCCUCCCCCCUCUUUCUCUCCCCCUCCCCUCCAUUAUGCUCUCUACCAGGAAGUCGAUGCCUACGACAAUGAUGGAUGGUGGGUCGGUGUGGUCACCAAGCUACUUGCUGACAACUACUAUCUCGUCUACUUCAUGCAGACCAAUGAGGAGAUUCAAUUUCAUCACUCUCAGCUGCGUCCCCAUUUCGAUUUCUUAGAUAACAAAUGGUUUCAACCUUCCGAGGCACUGGCAGGUAGCCAUUCCUUGGAAGAGGAUGAGGAUCUAGAGAAUGACAAUGGCACUAUCAUGCCUUACAUUUUAUGUCAGCCUACAGGGACAAGGGAACUUCCAUUUCAGAAAGUAGACGAUAACAUUUCAGAACCUGUCAGAAGAUCUUUGAGGAAUACUAUGAUCAAGAGGACAGGAGAAACCAAAGGCCAUUUGGCUAAUAUUUCACCUUCUAGUAUGAAAAAGGCUAGGAAAGAUGUAGUAGAUCUAGAAACCACAGAGCUCUCGUUUCAGAAGAAUGGGAAUCAGGAAUGCCAUCAGAUUUCUGCAUCGCCUUCUUUUGAUAAAGGAGUUGAUACGAGAAGUUUACAUUAUCAUCAUGAAGCAAUAAAUCAUCAGAAAUCAUUUGAGGGGGAAAAAACAAAGAGGUCAGGACUAAGAAAAUCCCAGAGGAAAAAUGACAGCUAUUUGAAUAAUGUCUCAACUGGUGAAUGGAAAGAUGAGGAUACACAUGGUACAGGUGCAACCGAUGUUGAAAUCCCUGGAAAUGUAAUUGCAGAGAAGGGACGGCAGAAGAGUUGCCUCAAAACAAGCCCAUCCAAAGUAAUUAAUGCUACAGGCUUGAAGGCACACAAUGAAGUUAAUCCAAAUAAAAAUGUUGUUAAUGUGGAACCACUUAAUCUAAGUCGCAACAAUAUAUCUUCAUGCUCUUUGGAAACAAGGAAACCACACCAAAAGAAUAUGCUAAAUGAAGCAUAUACCGCAAUGUUAGACAAAGACAUUGUAAUUGAAAACACAAAUUCAUGCACACCUUCAGGGUCCCCUGGUGAAGGGGAAAAGACAUUUACAGUCACUAUUCCCCACCUGGAAUAUGUUGGGUACAUUAAAGCUGAUCAAGGGAAUUCUGGUAGCUUACAUGGGAGGGCAUCAUUGAGAGAAUUGAAACUAUUGGCGUAUCAUUCUGUGCUCCAAGCAUUAUACCUUCAGGGCACUCAUAAUUGGAAUCAUGAAUUUCUCCUCACAAAUCUUCGUGAAGCUCUCAGUAUUAGCAAUGAGGAGCAUUCGACAGCGUUGAGACGUUUAACAACUGCAAAUUAUGACUGAACUUGAUCUAUCAUGUUUUUAGUAACAGUUCGAAACAUAUUUGAGAGGAUGCGAGUUUUUUGAAUCUAGAUUGUUUUAAUGAUAUGGAUAUAAUUGAAUGACAUAAGCAGAUGAUGCUGCCUACUGGAAAAUUUUGUGGUCUGUUCUGAUCAGAAGUAACAAAGCACAUAGGUCUUUUCAAAUCAAGUCAAUGUAAAUCUGCAAGUGCUUUAAAAAAUUCUCACCAUCUAAAGCUCUUGAGAUGGUUUUUUGGUAUGUCGAAGACAACUUGAACUGAUUGUGUUCAGCAUAAGAGCUUUAUAUUAUAUUCUAUAAUACGUACUAAAAGUUAAGGGAUUAUUUUGUCUCAUUCA